GCCACCAGUCUGUGUAGCUGUCGACCUGGAAACGACGUGGAAGAAACUGAGCGACAGAAAGAAAAUACAAAGCAAAACAAAAUUACACUCAAGAGAAGUCGACGGGGUUUUAAAUCUUUGUAAUUAGAAUAAACUGCAGGAAAACGUGCAGUUGUUUCGACGUGUCAGAAUUACAUACGCUUUUGGCCUGUUUUUCAUUUAUUUUUAAAGCGAACAUUUUACAUAGGGAUACAAUGCAGUCACACACACAGCAUCCUAAUUUCAAUUUAAAUUAGGGUUUCAGGUUUCACUGUCACUGUUGACAUUUUUAUGGAUUGCGUUUGAUGAACGUUCAGAAGAUAAGAUUUUUUAUAUAUUGUACAUACAAAAAUAUAAUAAAUAUAUGUAAAAUUGUCGAUCGUGUGUAAUAGCUAUUGCGUAUCGUAAAUAUACAUAUCGGUUCUUGAUGAACCGUUGACGUGUCAUUGUUUAAUGAUCGACAAACUGCUGACAUACUUGCCUUUAGAAAAAUUGCUUCCUGGAUGUAAAAUAAAAUCUCUUAAGACUGGGAAAAGAUGGGCUCCAUAUUCAGAAGUGAGGAGAUGUGCUCGGCCCAGCUCUUCUUGCAGUCUGGGUCCGCUUAUGACUGCAUUAGCGAACUGGGAGAAAUGGGACUGGCAGAAUUUAGAGAUCUCAAUCCCAACGUGAACGCCUUUCAGCGCAAGUUUGUCAACGAGAUAAAGAGAUGCGAAGAAAUGGAGAGAAUCCUCGUUUAUUUGCUGAGAGAAAUUAAAAAAGCAGACAUACCUCUGCCAGAAGUAGAGGUCAAUCCGGUAGCCCCACUGCCUAAACAUAUCAUGGUGAUAAUGGAGCAGCUGCAAAAGCUUGAUGUCGAGUUAAGGGAAGUAACCAAAAAUAAAGAAAAGUUGAAGAAGAAUCUUUUGGAGCUGACAGAGUACACCCACAUGCUGAGGGUAACCAGGAACUUUGUCCAAAGGAAUGCAGAGGAGCCUUCACAAUCUCAGUAUGAAGAGUUCCCUUCUUUGGAAAAGGAGUCCUUUGUGGAGUAUACCAACAUGCAGAGGAUGGGGGCCAAACUAGGAUUUGUUUCCGGCUUAAUCCACAGAGGGAAAAUAGAAGCUUUUGAAAGGAUGCUGUGGAGAGUGUGUAAAGGCUACACGAUUCUUAGUUAUGCAGAGAUAGAUGAUAUUAUUGAAGAUCCAUACACUGGAGAAACCACAAAGAGUGUUGUGUUUUUAGUUUCUUAUUGGGGUGAACAAAUAGGCCAGAAGGUUAAGAAGAUAUGCGAUUGUUACCACUGUCACACCUAUCCAUACCCCAGCAGCAAUGAGGAGAGGAGGGAUGUUGUGGAAGGGCUCAAGACCCGAAUACAGGAUCUGCACACUGUUUUGCACAGAACCGAAGAUUACCUGAGACAGGUCUUGGGUAACGCUUCAGAAUCCAUUUACACUUGGGUGAUCCAGGUGAAAAAGAUGAAGGCGAUUUAUCACAUACUGAACCUCUGCAGCUUUGAUGUUACAAAUAAAUGCCUCAUUGCUGAGGUCUGGUGCCCGGUUGAUGACUUGGCGAUGUUGCGCAGAGCACUUGAGGAGGGGUCGAGGCAGAGUGGAGCCACUGUUCCAUCCUUUGUGAAUCGAAUACCAAGCACAGAAACACCUCCCAGCCUCAUUAGAACGAACAAAUUCACGUCGGGGUUUCAAAAUAUCGUAGACGCUUACGGAGUGGGCAAUUACAAAGAAGUUAAUCCAGCUCCAUACACCAUUAUCACAUUCCCCUUCCUCUUUGCUGUGAUGUUUGGAGACUUCGGACAUGGAAUAAUAAUGGCUCUGUUUUCAUUGUGGAUGGUAGUAUUUGAAAACAAUCCCACAUUAAAGAAAACAAGAAAUGAGAUUUGGAACACAUUUUUUGAAGGAAGGUAUAUUAUUCUAUUAAUGGGAGUUUUUUCAGUGUACACUGGCCUAAUCUACAAUGACUGCUUCUCAAAGUCUAUAAAUAUGUUCGGCUCUGGCUGGAGUGUGAAGGCAAUGUUCGAAGCGAAUCACUGGACGUUGGAACAUCUUGGAACAAAUCGUUAUUUAACCCUUGACCCAAAUGUAACUGGUGUGUUCAGUGGACCAUAUCCAUUUGGCAUUGAUCCGAUGUGGAACCUGGCCAACAACAAACUCAGUUUCUUGAAUUCUUAUAAAAUGAAAAUGUCAGUCAUCCUGGGAAUUGUUCACAUGACCUUUGGAGUCAUCCUGGGCGUCUUCAACCACAUGCACUUCAGAAAGAAGUUUAACAUCUACCUGGUAUUUCUCCCCGAGAUCCUCUUCUUGCUGUGCCUUUUUGGGUACCUGGUGUUUAUGGUGGUUUAUAAAUGGUUGGCAUAUUCGGCAGAGAAUUCCAGUGUGGCUCCAAGCAUCCUCAUUCACUUCAUUAACAUGUUCUUUUUUCAAGGGACUGAAGGCUUUCAGCCACUCUAUCCUGGUCAGACAGGGUUACAGGUAUUUCUUGUGGUGGUAGCCUUGCUCUCUGUGCCUGUUUUGCUGCUGGGCAAACCACUUUACCUGUAUUGGCUCCACAAUGGAGGCAAGAGCCUUGGGAUGUAUAGAAACGGUUACGAGUUGGUGCGGCGAGGAAGUGAAGAGGAGCUGUCUCUUCUGAGGGCUCAAGAUCUGGAAGAAGGCAUCAGCCACACAGACCAUGGAGCAAGCAGAGACACACAACCAGAGGAGUUUGAUUUUGGAGAUGUGUUAAUGCAUCAAGCUAUUCACACUAUUGAAUACUGCCUUGGCUGCAUCUCAAACACUGCUUCCUACCUGCGAUUGUGGGCACUAAGUCUUGCACACGCACAGUUGUCUGAAGUUCUCUGGGAAAUGGUAAUGAGAGUGGGCCUCCGUGUGGACACUGCGUUUGGCAUUGUGUUACUAGUGCCAGUCUUCGGGCUGUUUGCUGUAUUGACUGUGGCUAUUCUACUUGUCAUGGAGGGUCUUUCUGCAUUCCUGCAUGCUCUACGACUGCAUUGGGUGGAAUUUCAGAACAAGUUCUACACCGGUGCUGGAAUCAAGUUCAUUCCUUUCUCCUUUAAACUGCUGUCCUACAGUUUCGAACAAGAUGGUGUGCUUUGAAACGAGUGCUUGGAGACGGAGCACAGAAAAGUAACAUGCAACCAGAAUCACGACAUUGAACCUCAUAGGCUGGACAGUUAUAUCUUUUGUACGAAACUGGUUUGUUGCACUGAUGCCAGCAAAUAUCUACAUAUCAUAUUUUAUUAUGAAUCUCAUUUUCAAGAUUUUGCAUCUCAGCGGUUGUAUAUAGAUAGUCCUUUAACAUGAAAUAAGUUUUCCAUUUUUCACUGUGAACAUUGUACAAUCAUGCUGUUUCAUGAUGAAUAGUGUAGAGGAAGGGGCGUGGGUUAUUGCUGGUUUCAAAUGUUUACUGAGAAGCAUUUUGCCAAAAGGUAAAAAAAAAAAUCUCACUAAAACACUCCUUAAAGACAAUGUUAGUG